AUGCUGCCUCCCCCUCUUCCGCAAAACAACAGUCUCCCUAGCUCACCCAGACCGGCACAGGCUUCAAUGACGGACAAUGCAGGCGUGGGUAUUGGACCAGGACCUAUUCGACAUCCUCGACCUCUCACCGCUGCUGAACUGCACCUGGAACUGGAAAAGGAACAAGAGAGCAUUGUCAAUCGCCUUACUCGUGAACUAUCCGCUUUGCGCGCUCAGACAGCGUCCGUAGCCUCCACAACCUCUUCCACAUCCGACCAUUUCUUUUCCGCCAGCGACCCCUAUACGUCGACGACCGGCACAGCCACGACAAUCAUUCCAACCGCAGCUCGUCGCCACCGAUCCUCAUCAAACUUGUCAACUCGCUCCACGAGAUCUAUCCGAGACAGCCUCGCCAAUGCCGCUAGCACCAGCGUGUCCGGCGUUGCAGCACCCAGAGACCAAAGUGUCCAGGCAAGCGCUCGACCUAGCAUGGAGACGAGCCGUCCCGAUAUGAGUCGACAGAAUUCCACAUCCGCGUCGGGAUUCCGCGCCAGCUCCAUGACCUCCUCGCCGCACAUGAAUCAGACUGGCUAUGGAUAUCCCCACCGUACCUCUGUGUCCUCAAAUGCCCCGAAUCAACCAAAUUCUGUGGCCGAGCCCGUCCCUCAGUACGCACUUCCUCGUAGCCCCAGUUCCAACGCCGCGGUUUCCACUGCGAGAUAUGAAGAGGCGGCGCUCCAGCGAGCAGAAUUGGAGGCUAUGAAGCGAGAGAACGAAUUGCUCAAGGCGCGGGUUAAAGAGCUAGAGAAGAGCCUUCAAAGAGCUAAUGAGACUAGCGGGAUGGUUUUGUCGGGUUCGGGUUCGUGA